CUCCUCUUUAUGUCGCGGCGUCAGUUUCGCUAUGUAUGUCAACUCUUUAACAGCGGCGAUAACGUUGCUGUGCGUGUGUUGCUCGCACUGUGCAGUGACUCGGACAGGAAAAGGCACGUGCCCGGAGCUCCACCAGUGUGCCUGCGACUUGACACCGAACGGCCCCCGUGUCAGAUGUUCCAACGUCCCCAACGUGACGUCACUCCUGGAGGACAUCGCGAAAUUGCAGGGUCACGUGAUACGAAAGUUGUCCGUGAGGCACGCGAAGAUGACAGUUCUGCCUGCGCGUCUCUUCUCGAACAUCAGCUUGCGCGUGAUCGAAAUGGAACACUGCGCUCUGAAAGCGCUCGACGACGACGCCCUCGUUGGCGUGAACGCGUUGAAAACGCUGGACCUCUCGAACAACCUUUUGACGACCGUGCCGCGCGCACUUCGUGCGCUCAGUGUGUUGAAUUCGCUGUACUUGGCGAACAACCGCAUACAGUUCGUCGGUGAAGGCCUGUCUCACCUGUCGUCGUCGUUGCACGCUGUCGCGUUGGCGAAGAAUUUAAUUUCGUCGUUUCACGCGAAUGCUUUUAAAAAUCUGACCGUUUUGCGAAAGUUGUGGUUGAGCAGGAACAGAAUUGAGACCAUUCCUCCGACGCUUUUUUCGGGUGUUCCGGCACUGGUUUUCCUUGACUUGGAGUGGAAUUCUAUAGGUUCGCCGUCUAAACACGUGUUUCGGAAUUUGGACAACUUACAAGAGCUGAUCCUGAGCAAUAAUAACAUCAGUAACAUCUACGGGGUGACAAGUGCAUCACUGCCUUCUCUGAGAAAACUUUCCCUGCAUGAUAAUCCCAUCGCUUAUGCCACUGUGUUUGGACCGAUUGAAAUUCACAUCGAAGAGUUAUCCCUUCAAAACUGCAACAUUUCCUUGGUCAAUCCAAUCGCGUUUGGAUCCCUUGAACGAUUGCGUACCAUUAACAUUUCAAACAACAACAUAUCCUUCAUUAACGGCACAACGUUCCAUAAAAAAUCAAAACUGGUGACGUUUUCGGCGUCUCACAAUUCGAUCACGAGUCUGGAGGGGACCUUCAGUAUGACGAGAACGUUGGAAAGAGUGCGCAUGUCUUCUAAUCAGAUAAGCGACAUAAGCAAGGCGUUCGCAGUGACGAAGUUUCUCAAGGAACUACGCAUGAAGAAAAAUUUGAUCUCGUUCUUAGCCGACGACACGUUUGAGAAUAACGGGAAUCUGGAAAUCUUAGAUUUGGGAGAGAAUCGAAUUGCCUGGUUAGGGAAGAACUGUUUUCACGGUCUUGUCAGCUUGAAGAAUUUAUUCUUGGGAAGCAACCGUGUAAUAACGUUAAACGGAUCGUUGCAUUCGAUACCUACCCUUCAGUAUUUAUAUAUUCAACACAAUCUGUUAGGAGCACUGGGAGAUGGUGACUUUAACAGCGCUCCGAAGCUGAAAAAAAUUUAUGCCUUCUCGAACAACGUCAGCGAUGUCCGUGGUGCGUUCAAGCAGCUUCCAAACUUGGAAAUUCUUCUCCUUCAAAAUAACAGCCUGACUACGAUACAUCGUGCCAGUUUUCCCACAGCUAGGAUGGGCUUGAAAACAAUAAAUGUCGCCGGAAACCCGCUAACCUGUGACUGCCAAAUCUCCUGGCUCCUAGAGGAUCACGCAGGAGUGUCGUUACAAGGCAUUCCGCUCUGCGACACUCCUUCGUGGUGGAAGGGAUCGUCGCUUCGGAACCUCACCUCCGAGCAUCUGCAGCCCUGGCUCGAAGACUGCGACGACAGAUGCACAUGCACAUGUCACGUGAAUGAAGACUACGGCAAGGUGACCAAUGUGGACUGCUCAAACAGAGGCCUAACGCGCACACCAGACAGGAUUCCUUGGGAUACACACCUUAUCAACCUCGGACAAAAUCGACUACGUGCCAUAGGAAGUUUCCUCGCGGAAAAGGCGCCGUCCAUGCACACUUUGCUCCUGCCUGAUAACUCUCUCUCCAACAUCGAAGUAAAGGAGAUCCCCAAUAGCUUGAAACGCUUGGAUCUAAGAAACAACAGCCUUGCUCGACUUCCCACACCUGUUGCGUCGGAGCUGAACCUAUCGGGCCUGUGGCUGUCUGGUAACCAGUGGAGUUGUGAUUGUGAGGCGUACGAUUUUCAAGUCUGGGCUCGUGUCCAUGAAGAUGUGGUGAGGGAUCCGAUAGUAUGCGUCGGAGGAAGUAAUCCUAGUGUUUCCUGGAAGUCACUCAUGCUGCUGGAUCAGGUGGACCUCUGUCCGCCUGGUACAUCGAACUUCGUUAUAUAUGGAGUUCCGCUAUUUGUUCUAUUAACCAUUCUGAUGACCGUCACGGUGGUGUAUGUAAAACGAGAACGACAAAUCAAGAUAUGGCUGUACGCGCAUGGCGUGCGCUUUGUCAAGGAGUACGAACUGGACAGCGACAAAGUGUUUGACGUGUUCAUGUCAUUCAGCAGCAAGGACUUUGAUUGGGCGUAUGGCAACCUGAUACCCGGACUGGAAAGGGCGGACUUCUCAGUGUGCACCUACGAUAGGAACUUCAAAGGAGGCUUUCUACUCCAGGAUAUUAUACGGGAGGCCGUUUCUUGCUCACGGCGUACGCUGCUCCUGCUUACACAGAACUUUGUGGAGAGCGACUGGUGUCGUUGGGAGUUCCGCGUCGCGCACCACACAGCUCUGCAGGACAAGAUCAACCGGCUGAUAAUUGUGGUUGUCGAUGAAGUGCCGGAUGGUCUGGAUGAGGAGCUCAUACAUUACAUGCAGGCCACCAAUUACCUGCGCUGGGGGGAGAAGCACUUCUGGAACAAGCUCAUAUACUCUUUGCCCAAGAAAGACAGAAAUCCAGUUGGCGAUCCCAACAGCACACCACUCUCAAUUAUAGCCAGGCCUGGGGAUUAUAGGUGUACGGCGAAAAUGUUCGUGCUCUCCGUGAUGGUGUUGUUUAUCCACGUGAGAUGGGACUUCGUUGCUACGGAUACGCCUCCCAAUGAGACUCAGUACUGCCACAUCAAGACUUCUAAUAUUGGACCAACGGUGCGCUGCAAGGGCGCGCCAGACGUGGAGCAACUACGUCGUGAUCUAAAGGAGCUCGAUAUACCUCGUCCGUUUUCGUUAGUGAUAACCGAUACCAACAUAACAACCUUGCCCGAGUUUUCGUUUGCCAACCUUACACUGAAGUUCUUCAGAAUGAUCGGCUGUCGGUUAGAAUCGCUUCACGAGGAUUCGCUCGUUGGUGUGGACCAUUUAGAGCUGCUAGACCUAUCGAAGAAUAGUCUCACAACGGUACCCUCCGCUCUCGCUGCCCUUAAGUCGUUGCAAUUGCUUUAUCUCACUUCCAACAGGAUAACGACACUUGGUCUCGAACUGGCACAUUUGUCAUCGUCGUUGACAAGAAUAAAUCUGGACGGAAACGUGAUGUCGUCAAUUCACGAAGAUGCACUGAAGAACAUGAACCAUUUGCUGAGGUUCGCUGCGACCCAUAACAGAAUCAAAAGUAUUCCGAAGACCAUGUUCAGUGCAGCGCCCAGAUUGCAGCAGAUCGACUUGCGCUGGAACCUCAUCGAAGAUGUGGAGAAUCUGUUUGACGGGCUUCUGGAGUUGCAUACACUGAAGCUGGAUGCAAACCGCAUCAGCCACAUCCAAACCCUGUCCGCCUCCAACCUCCCCUCUCUGGAGACGCUGAGCCUCGACCACAACCCCAUCGACACCAUCACCCUGUUCGACUCGAGAAACGCGGCCAUCGAAAACCUCAGCCUUCAGUACUGCGAAAUAUCCGAUGUCGCUUCCAUACCAUUCUCGUGCAUCGACCGACUGCGGUACUUGAAGCUACGUGCCAACCGAAUCAGACACAUCGACGGCAACUCUUUUCCCAAGUCCGUCAACACUUCGAACUACCAUUCUUUCGGCACGCGAAAUCUUUAUCCGUCUAAAUGCAACGCCGGAAACGAAAAGAAGGGCGGUAUUUUGCUGGUCAUUGACAUCUCCAACAAUCAUAUCGGCGCCAUUAAUGACGCGUUUCGCGGCAUUCAGCUGCUGGAACAGCUGGACAUCGACUACAACGAUCUCGAGAACGUACCGGAUGACGCGUUCAGGACAAACAUUAAUCUGAAAGCGUUGAAUAUGAACGCUAAUAAAAUUUCCUGGAUCGGAAAACACGCAUUCAGGGGACUCGUGAGCCUCGCGGAGCUGAGACUAUCGAUGAAUCGGCUGACGUCGUUGAACGGUUCGCUACACUUCAUGCCCAUGUUAAGGCGUGUAUAUCUGUACGAUAAUCAGUUGCUGUUUUUGAGGGAAAACGACUUUGAAAGUCUCCCGGAACUGACGGGGCUCAACGCUGAAAGAAAUAACAUCAGCGAUGUCCGCGGUGCGUUCAGGACUCUUGCGUCUCUCCGGUUUUUAUACUUGCAGGACAACAACCUGAGCGUCGUUCAUCGAGUCAGCUUACCGGAGGAGAUAGAGCAGAUGAAGAUGAUCUCGAUUGAAGGAAAUCCAUUAACGUGCGACUGCCAGCUAUCUUGGCUGUACGAGAUACCACGGCUGUACACGGCCCAUGACGUCCCUCUCUGCAACAGUCCGCCAAGGCUCGCCGGGGCUCCCUUCCUAAGCAACGAAACAAGAUACAGCCUGGACAUCAGGCUCGAAGACUGCGACGAGAAGUGCAGCUGCAAAUGUAUAGCGGACGGCUACGAGGGAUUUAUUAAGGUCGACUGCUCUUACCGGAACAUGAAGGCGGUGCCACGGAAGUUUCCAAGAGACACGGCCGUCAUAGAUCUUAGCGGGAACUUGUUGGACACGCUAGACAUGUCCUUAGCGAAGCAAGCGCCGGCGGUGCGGAGCUUGAACCUUACGAAUAAUUUGUACGCCAACCUCGAUUGGAAAGUCUUGCCGAAGAACCUGCGUUACUUGUUCCUACAAAACAACUCUUUCUGGCACUUCCCGUUAAGUGUAGUUGAUAAUCUGAACUUAUCGGGGAUUUGGUUAUCUGGAAAUCCGUGGAACUGCGACUGCGAGGACUACGCCUUCAGGCAGUGGGCAGAAUCACAUGAAGAUACGAUCAGAGAUGCUGGUGUCCUCAGGUGUGCUGAAGGAACAAAUGCUGGGGUAUCGUCGAUGCUGUUUAUGGACCUGGAGCAGAAGGACCUUUGCCCAUUCAAGACGUCGGGAUUCGUGACCUAUGGAGUGCCGUUCCUUGUUGUGCUCUCCGGGUGCUUGGCGGUAACGAUGAUAUACCUGAAGCGCGAGAGACAAAUCAAGAUCUGGCUUUACGCUCACGGUCUUCGAUUCGUUAAGGAGGACGACCUGGACAAAGACAAAAUGUUCGACGUCUUCCUCUCCUUCAGCAGCAAGGACUCCGACUGGGCGUAUACCCAUCUUUUACCUGGUCUCGAAGAAUCAGGGUUCUCUGUCUGCACUUACGACCGCAACUUCAAAGGUGGCUAUCUCUUGCAAGACAUCAUUCAAGAGGCCGUGGCUUGUUCGCGACGCACGCUCUUGCUGCUUACGCAAAAUUUCGUGGAAAGCGAAUGGUGCCGCUGGGAGUUUCGAGUUGCUCAUCACACCGCUCUCCAAGACAAGGUCAACCGCCUUAUCAUUGUCGUCGCUGAAAAUGUUCCCGAAGAUAUCGACGAUGACCUCGCCCUGUACAUGAACACCACCAAAUAUCUCUGCUGGAGAGAGAAGAACUUCUGGGAUAAGUUGCGAUAUUCGUUACCGAAAAAGGAUAUCAAACGCGAUGCCCUUCCCACUGCGGGGGAUACGCCCCUUUCUACAAUUUACAAGCACAGUAUUCAGCGGUGACGCUGCUGCGCGGGUUACGCGUGUUCGCACCUAUUCCUGAAGCUGUGCAUCAAUACAAUACUCGUGGACUAAGUGAAGUGACUGCUUGCGGCAAACCGCUGGUCUCGUGAUCCUGGUACUGAGAUACCUUGUCGGCGAUUGUGACACGAUCGGGUACAUUGAGACGGGGAGGGUGAAGACCGGGCGAACAGGAAGCACCAGCUCGCGUGGCUCAGUGCUUGCCAUGUCACGUCUAGAUUGGAAGGUACAGGAGUUCGAAUCCCAGUGCUGACCGUGCCGUCUGGGUUUUCCUCAGACGCUUUCAGAUAUAUGUCUGCACAGUUCUCCUAGAAGUCGGCCCAGGACGCUCUCGUGACGUUGCCUGCCUCUGUGGAACGGUGAUCUCUUCAGAAGCACCAGCAGCACCACCACGCAAACAGGAAGCUGUUCACACAAACACCAUCACAAUAAGGCCGGUUUCACACUACCGUAUUUGUCGACCGUGUGCUUCAAAAAUACAGCCCAGUUCACACUA